AUGCAUCUCUCGUUCGCACUCUACCUUGCUACGGCAGCCUGGCCUCUAUCUGGCGUUGUACAGGCAUCCGAGACCUGUCGACAUAUCAAUAUUCCCGUUUCCGUGUCUGUUCCACGCUUUGAGCUAGAUACUACCAUAAAUAACAACUGGGACGCAGCCACUCUUACAUUCAACUUUACACGACGAGAUGCUGGCUCUCCGACAGCACCGCUUCCUAUUUCCGGCGUGACAUCCACUCCUGUGGAAAGCAAGUUCACUAUAAGUGCGAAGCUUUGCGGUACCGGAAAAUCGAUUCUCAUACUAACCCAUGGGAUACUUGAAUCUUCACUUUACUGGAAUCCUGGUUUCCCCGGCGGCGAGUCUUAUAGUCUAGUCAGCGCUGCUGUUGCCGCUGGUUACUCUACGCUCACUUACGACCGAGUUGGAGUAGCGUCAUCUUCUCCGGCAAACUCUCUCUCAGAAGCCCAAUUUGGUGUAGAAACUGCCAUCCUCAACCAACUCGUCCACUAUGCAAAAACAACCAUCUCUGCGUCCAAGGUGGCGCUCGUCGGGCAUAGUUAUGGAUCGUACCUCUCAGCGGCCACCGCCAGCCAAGUAGCGGUUGAUGCUGUCGUGCUGACUGGUUUCAGCGGAACGUUGCAGUUUUUUGCGCCGUUUCUUGCUGGAAGCAAUUUACGCGUAGCCAGGAUCCAGGAUCCUCUCCGCUGGGGACACCUUGACUCGGGAUAUCUCACGUCUUCUGAUGUUUACGCCGAAGCGUACGGCUUCUUUGCCGAGCCAUUCUUCGAGCACCGUGUGGCCGAAUGGAACUUUAAUGUGGACAGCCAGCCGUUUGGCGUUGGCGGGCUCCCAUCUCUGCUUGCAACCGAGAUUCCGUAUGGCAACAUAACUGCGCCAGUGCUGGUCUUGCAGGGUCAAUACGACUUGCCUUCUUGUGGCGGCAAUUGUCUUGGUCUGCUUAACAGCACAAGUGAACUUUUCUCAAACGCCAAAGUGGUAGAAACUGUCGAUGAUUUGCCAGCAGGGUAA